AGCUACAACUCUCUUCUUCUCCUCUCUCUCUCUCUCUCUCUCUCUCUCUCUCUCUCUCUCUCUCUCUCCCUGUUGGAGUGUCAAGGCUUGAAAAGAUCCAGGCCGUCUAUUCUUUUCAGAUCCAACGGCUGCUGUGUUUCACUCAUUGUUAGCUAAGGGCAGUGAUGUAAUUUGAUUUUAUUUUCUGGUGCUGUAAAUGAAUAAUAAAAACACAGCAGGGGGUUCCUGCAACACUUCAGUUUUUCAGCUUCUUGGAAGAAAGAAAAAGUGCAGCGGAGCCGAGUCGUCUUCCCUGGCAGAGCAGCGAGUCUUCUUCUUCACCCCGAGCGCAGGACAGACGUCUUCACUUGCAGCCGCGUGAGAGAGCACCUGCGACCCGAGGAGGCCAUCACCGCCAAGGGAGAUCCUUCAGCCGCAGCGCGCGGGAGAGGGAGACGGCAGGAGGUGGGUGCGAUCCGUUAGCUUCACCUUCCCUUCCCAGUUCCCUUCCCACUUCGCAGUUUGCACACAGUUGACGACGUUGAGUUCGAGCCUCCUGUUACAGAUCAGCAGAUCCGGUCUUCCAGGAUUUCGGUUUCCACCUUCCCAACUUCGCAGCUCGCUCGCCGACUCGCUGACAGAGUAAAGGAGUAAAAUAUUUUAAAGUGCUAAUGCAGAGGGUGUCAUCCAAAGUGAGAGAGCUCGCACUGUUCAACGCAGCACCAGGGUACCAGCUAUUUUUCCUUGAAGAUGUUUGAUCUUUCUCACAUUGACUGAAACUACAUAGUUAGUUGAUCCCACUCCAUCUCCCUCUCAGCGGAAUCUUCCGUUCCUUCUCUCUACCUUCAUUCUCUCCCAUGGCAGAAGCUUCGAUCGCACCCUCCGAGCUUGAUAUCGUAAUACCCACGAUCCGAGACUUGGAUUUCUUGGAAAUGUGGAGGCCUUUCUUGGAGCCUUACCAUCUAAUCAUCGUCCAAGAUGGCGAUCCAUCGAAGAUCAUCAAUGUUCCAGAGGGCUUCGACUACGAGCUCUACAAUCGGCACGACAUCAAUAGGAUUUUGGGUCCUAAGGCUUCCUGCAUCUCCUUCAACGACUCCGCUUGUCGAUGCUUUGGCUACAUGGUUUCCAAGAAGAAGUACAUCUUCACCAUUGACGAUGAUUGCUUCGUAGCCAAAGAUCCAUCAGGGAAAGAGAUAGAUGCCCUCCAACAACACAUAAAGAACCUCCUGAGUCCAUCUACACCAUUUUUCUUCAACACCCUUUAUGAUCCAUAUAGGGAGGGUGCCGACUUUGCGUGUGGAUACCCUUUCAAUCUCCGUGAGGGUGCCACCACAGCUGUUUCUCAUGGCCUCUGGCUCAACAUCCCUGACUAUGAUGCUCUUACCCAGCUUGUCAAGCCUCGUGAGAGAAACACGAGGUAUGUGGAUGCAGUUAUGACAGUACCAAAGGGGACCCUUUUUCCCAUGUGUGGUAUGAAUCUGGCAUUCAACCGUGAGCUGAUUGGACCUGCAAUGUACUUUGGACUCAUGGGUAAUGGCCAACCGAUUGGAUGUUAUGAUGAUAUGUGGGCUGGUUUGUGCAUGAAGGUAAUAUGUGACCACCUAGGAUGGGGAGUUAAGACGGGCCUGCCAUACGUAUGGCACAACAAAGCAAGCAACCCAUUUGUUAACCUAAAAAAGGAGUACAAGGGUAUCUAUUGGCAAGAAGAGAUCAUCCCUUUCUUCCAAUCCAUAGCCCUUCCGAAGGAAUGCACUAUAGUUCAAAAAUGCUACGUUGAACUCUCAAAACAAGUCAAGGCUAAGCUUGGCAAGGUAGAUCCCUACUUCCUUAAGCUAGCUGAUGCUAUGGUCACAUGGAUUGAAGCUUGGGAUGAGCUCAAUGGUUCGGGGGCAGAUUCUUCCCAGCUACCCUACGGCACCACAAAUGCUAAUACAGAGGGUGUCAUCCAAAGUGAGAGAGCUCGCACUGUUCAACGCAGCACCAGCACUCAGCGUAGAUCCCAUAGUUGUCCGGUGACUAGGGAUGAGAUACUAGAUUUUGAUGUUCCUGCACGGGCCAGGACAAAGGCUCUGCGCACGGUGCUCCCCUGACCUCACCCUGCCUUGUUACCUUCUCCUCCUCCCUCGCCAGCUCAGCUACAACUCUCUCUCUCUCUCUCUCUCUCUCUCUCUCUCUCUCUCUCUCUCUCUCUCUCUCUCUCUGUUGGAUUGUCAAGGCUUGAAAAGAUCCAGGCCGUCCGUUCUUUUCAGAUCCAACGGCUGCUGUGUUUCACUCAUUGUUAGCUAAGGGCAGUGAUGUAAUUUGCUUUGAUUUUCUGGUGCUGUAAAUGAAUAAUAAAAACACAGGAGGGGGCGGGGGUUCCUGCAACACUUCAGUUUUUCAGCUUCUUGGAAGAAAGAAAAAGUGCAGCGGAGCCGCGUCGUCUUCCCUGGCAGAGCAGCGAGUCUUCUUCUUCACCCCGAGCGCAGGACAGACGUCUUCACUCUUUCUCCGAAACUCUCCAUUUUCUCUCUGCCACCAGCCGCCACGCAGAGCAGCUCCCCCAUUCUCUCCAUCUCUCCCGCUGCUAAACUCCCUCUGCCUCAAAGCCACCAUCAAUACCCUCACCCAAACCUCCAGCGACCAGCCUCUUUCCAUCUUCACUAGAUCCACCGCAAUCCUCACAUCUCCAACUGGCCGAACUUUCACCUUAAGCUUCCCACGGAUCUGCAGAAGCUCCAUUCCUCACCUCAUAGCCAUCUCCCUCGUCAGACCCUCCGAACUCUCGCAGCUCUAUCCACAGAGCGGCUCACCCGAACCACCUUCGGCAUCGCCACCGUCACCUCUGGCAACACCCACAAUCUCGACCAUUUGUCCAAGGGGAUUCGGAGUUUAAGCAGUGAAUCGGCUGGAGACGUUGCUGUUCGUUCUGGUGUUCUGUUUGGCUCUUCGUUGGAGUAUUCUGUGUCUCUUAGGGCAUUUUGAAUUCUUGGUAAAUUGAUCAAUGAACGAUCCGAUGUCUCUGUGUUGAAUCCAAAAGAUAAUCUGUUUUCUAUCUGACAUAAUAAUCUGUGGGUCUCUCGUCAUCUUUAAGGUAUGGUUGUUGUUUGGUUUCUUAUCUGCAUUUCAUUGUGCU